AUGGUUGCGGCUUCCGAUCGGGUUCGUCGUGCUGGUGCGAAUCAAGGGCAGUGGAAAAUAUUGUGGGGUGCUUUGGCAGGCAUGAGGGAGGAAGUUUGUGAUUUAGAGGCAGGUCGCCAAGUUCUUGCUGAUCAGAACAACAUUAUGGCCUACGAGAAGGCUAUUUUAGAGUAUCAAGUAGCCACUUUGGAGGACCGGUCAGAGCGACUUGAGGACCAGGUGAGCUCCCUCACUCGAGAGAAGGAUGUGAUGGCGAACAGACUGGCAAGGUGUCAACGGUCAGGGGUGUUCCUGAGGCAUGUGAGACCCUUGGAUUUGAAAGGGGGAAAUAACUGUGUGGUUGCUUUGCAGGUGUUGGAAAACCUGAAGUCCCAGAUCCUAGUCGUGUUGCAUGAAAUGCUAAAGAGGUCGAAUCCAGGAAGUUCUUCUUCAGACUCUGAGGGCUGA